AUGAAGUCCCUUCUCUUCGCUACCAUCCUUAUUGCUGUUGCGAUUAUCAACAGUGUCUCCGCUUUUGAAUAUCUUAAGGCGGCAAUAUACGAUGAAUACCACGAAAAGUGUACUGAAGCUGGUCAAGAAAAAUGCAGUACAGUUGGAUACUGUGUAUGGACUAUGGUUGACGAGUAUUAUGGCAGCUUUCCCGCUUGUAUAGUUGAUCAGAAAAAGUAUCGAAGAUACUAA